AUGUCUGAAUCAAAGGAUCCCAUUAACCAAACAACAAGAAUCGAGCAACCCCUGGGGGACUCGCCCGUGGAUAUUCCGUCGGACCAGACCCCGGAGAACGGUGCUGGUGAGAAACGCUGCGGCAGUGCGUGUCCAGCGGUACUGUGCGCGGUUUGGGACAGGACCAAGCAGUUCGCCGUCGCGUCCAGCAAGACCGUUUGCCACAAGACUACAGGAUUUGCAGCGACGGUGUGCACCGCGUUGAAGAACCCGGUCGUCGCGGUCAACACGCUGCUGGGUGUGUCGCUGCUUUCCGCAGUGCUCGUGGGUUACGUCAAGGACAAGAGGUUCAUACAGGGGAAGUCGCCAAGAGAGAUCUGGGGGGCCACGGCAGGCGCUGUGGCGCUCUUGACCGUCGACGGACUGCUUUCCAAGAAGUACAGCAAGUGA